AAAGGGAGGUGGAGUUUCCAACAGGGAACUUGACCCGUUAGCAGCCGCAGCCAUGGCGGCGCGUUCGCCUCCCUCACCGCACCCUUCGCCCCCAGCGCGACAGUUGGGCCCCAGGUCCCCACGUGUUGGGCGGGGAGCUGAAGUACACGCAAUGCGCAGCGAGGCCUCGGGUUUUGCCGGCGCAGCGCGGGAGGUGGUCGCGGACGAAAGUGAUAAAAUCUGGGUGGGCGAAGAAGGGUCAGGGGGCCGGCGAGGGCCUGGGGGGGCAGCUCCGGCUCAUGCUCCCCUCCUCAGCGCGCCCAUGGGGUCCAGACGGCUAGAGGGCAUCUCGGUAGAGGAGGCGAUGGUGACCCGGACGCAGCUGCUGGAGGAAGAGCUGAGGAGCCUAAAGGAGGAGUUGGCCCUGUGUCAGGCUGAUAAAGAAUUUGUAUGGUCUUUGUGGAAACGUCUCCAGGUUACAAACCCAGAUCUCACACAAGUGGUCAGUUUGGUUGUGGAAAGAGAAAAACAGAAAUCUGAAGCUAAAGACAGAAAAGUUCUAGAAAUUCUGCAAGUCAAGGAUGCCAAAAUACAAGAAUUUGAACAGAGAGAGUCAGUACUGAAACAGGAAAUAAAUGACCUUGUAAAACGGAAAAUUGUAGUAGAUGAAGAAAAUGCUUUCUUAAGGAAAGAAUUCAGUGACUUGGAGAAGAAAUUUAAAGAUAAAAGUCAAGAAAUUAAGGACACUAAGCAGUGUGUACAGAACAAAGAAGAGCAAAACAGACUAGUUAUAAAAAAUCUGGAGGAGGAAAACAAGAAAUUAAGUACCCGCUGCACUGACCUGCUAAAUGACCUGGAGAAACUGAGGAAGCAGGAAGCACAUUUGAGAAAAGAAAAAUAUAGCACUGAUGCAAAAAUAAAGAGUCUUGCUCUGUUGCCCAGGCUGGAAUACAGUGGUGUGAUCUCGGCUCACUGCAACCUCUGCCUUCCCGGGUUCAAGCUAUUCUCCUCCCGAGAAGAGGCAAAUUACUACAGGCGCAUGCCACCACAUGCAGAUAAUUUGUGUAUUUUUAGUAGAGAUGGGGUUUUGCCAUGUUGGCCAGGCUGGUCUGGAAUCAUUGUGGUUUUGAUUUGCAUUUUCCUGAUGGGAAAUGAUGGCCUUUGAAGACAAUUUAAUUGAAGCAAGGAAAGAAGUUGAAGUGUCACAGAGUAAAUACAAUGCUCUAUCAUUACAGUUGAGUAAUAAACAGACUGAACUUAUCCAGAAGGAUAUGGAUAUUACCCUGGUCAGGAAGGAACUGCAGGAGCUGCAGAAUCUUUACAAACAGAACAGUACACAUACAGCCCAGCAAGCAGAGCUGAUCCAGCAGCUUCAGGUUCUCAAUAUGGACACACAAAAAGUACUGAGAAAUCAGGAAGAUGUUCACACAGCUGAAAGUAUAUCAUAUCAAAAACUUUACAAUGAGUUACAUAUUUGUUUUGAAACCACAAAAUCAAAUGAAGCUAUGCUCCGGCAAAGUGUUAUUAAUCUUCAGGAUCAGCUAUUACAAAAAGAGCAAGAAAAUGCUAAGUUAAAAGAAAAACUUCAGGAAUCAGAGGGAGCACCUCUUCCUUUACCUCAAGAAAGUGAUCCAGACUACUCAGCACAGGUACCUCGUCGCCCAUCCUUAUCAAGCUUAGAAACGUUAAUGGUUUCACAGAAGUCUGAAAUUGAGUAUUUACAGGAGAAACUAAAGAUAGCAAAUGAAAAACUGUCAGAAAACAUAUCUGCCAACAAGGGUUUCUCCCGAAAGAGCAUCAUGACAAGUGCUGAAGGAAAACAUAAGGAACCACCUGUGAAACGUUCAAGGUCUUUGUCCCCAAAGAGCUCUUUCACAGACUCAGAAGAGCUACGGAAGCUGAGAAAAGCUGAAAGAAAGAUUGAAAACUUAGAGAAGGCACUACAACUAAAGAGCCAAGAAAAUGAUGAGCUAAGAGAUGCCCAUGAAAAACGCAAGGAACGGCUACAGAUGUUACAGACCAACUACAGAGCAGUAAAAGAGCAAUUAAAACAGUGGGAAGAAGGCAGUGGCAUGACUGAAAUCAGGAAAAUAAAGAGAGCAGAUCCCCAACAACUUCGACAAGAAGAUUCUGAUGCUGUGUGGAAUGAACUGGCAUAUUUCAAAAGGGAAAACCAGGAGCUAAUGAUUCAAAAGAUGAAUCUUGAAGAAGAAUUAGAUGAACUUAAAGUACAUAUAUGUAUUGAUAAGGCAGCAAUACAAGAAUUGAAUAGAUGUGUGGCAGAGAGAAGAGAAGAACAGCUCUUUAGAUCUGGUGAAGAUGAUGAGGUCAAGAGGAGUACUCCAGAGAAGAAUGAAAAAGAAAUGUUGGAGCAGACAUUACAGAAGGUCAUUGAGUUGGAAAAUCGGCUGAAGUCUUUUGAGAAAAGGUCGAGAAAAUUAAAAGAAGGGAAUAAAAAAUUAAUGAAAGAAAAUGAUUUUCUGAAAUCCCUCUUAAAACAGCAACAAGAAGAUACAGAGACCAGAGAAAAAGAGCUAGAACAGAUAAUAAAGGGGAGUAAAGAUGUAGAAAAAGAAAAUACUCAACUUCAAGUAAAAAUCAGUGAGCUGGAGACAGAAGUCACUUCCCUGAGGAGACAAGUGGCAGAAGCUAAUGCAUUGAGAAAUGAAAAUGAAGAGCUGAUCAACCCAAUGGAGAAAUCACACCAGUCAGCAGACAAAGCUAAAUCCGAGAUGGCCACUAUGGAAGUGAGAUCUGGACGGUAUGAUUGUAAGACAACUAUGACCAAGGUUAAAUUUAAAGCCGCGAAGAAAAAUUGCUCUGUGGGUCGUCACCACACUGUUCUCAAUCACUCCAUCAAGGUUAUGAGCAAUGUGUUUGAGAACCUCAGCAAGGACGGCUGGGAGGAUGUGAGUGAAAGCAGCAGUGAUUCUGAAGCACAGACCUCUCAAACUUUGGGAACAAUUAUUGUAGAAACAUCCCAGAAAAUAAGUCCUACAGAAGAUGGAAAAGACCAGAAAGAAAGUGAUCCAACAGAAGACAGCCAAACACAAGGAAAAGAAAUAGUACAGACAUAUUUAAAUAUAGAUGGCAAGACCCCAAAGGACUAUUUUCAUGAUAAGAAUGCCAAAAAACCAACUUUUCAAAAGAAGAAUUGUAAGAUGCAAAAGAGUUCACAUACAGCAGUUCCUACUAGAGUCAACAGAGAAAAGUACAAAAAUAUAACUGCCCAGAAAUCAAGUAGCAAUAUUAUUUUCUUACGAGAACGGAUUAUAUCCUUGCAACAACAAAACAGUGUACUUCAGAAUGCCAAGAAAACAGCAGAAUUGUCUGUUAAAGAAUAUAAAGAAGUUAAUGAAAAGCUCCUCCAUCAACAGCAAGUAUCCGAUCAACGAUUUCAGACAAGCCGGCAGACAAUAAAGAAGCUAAAUUUGGAUUUGGCUGGGCUUCGGAAAGAAAAAGAAGAUUUACUAAAGAAAUUGGAGUCCUCAUCUGAAAUCACAAGUUUGGCAGAAGAAAAUUCCCAGGUAACAUUUCCACGGAUACAAGUUACAUCACUUGGUCCUUCAAGGAGCAUGGAUUUGGAAAUGAAGCAAUUGCAGUAUAAACUAAAGAAUGCUACUAAUGAACUCACUAAACAGUCAUCAAAUGUGAAGUCUUUGAAAUUUGAACUCCUAGCAAAAGAAGAACACAUAAAGGAAAUGCAUGAAAAGAUGUCUCGAAUGGAGAGGGAUAUAACUAUGAAAAGACAUUUGAUAGAGGACUUGAAAUUUCGACAGAAUGUAAAUUUGGAAAGUAACAAGAGUUUUAGUGAAACGUUACAAAAUCUUGAUAAAAAGGUAAAGACAUUAACUGAAGAAUGUUCCAACAAGAAGGUAUCAAUUGAUUCACUAAAGCAAAGACUUAAUGUUGCUGUAAAAGAAAAGUCACAGUAUGAACAGAUGUAUCAGAAAUCUAAAGAAGAGUUAGAAAAAAAGGAUCUCAAGCUUACUCUCCUAGUAUCAAGAAUAAGUGAGACUGAAUCUGCAAUGGCAGAAAUUGAAACAGCAGCAUCUAAGCAGCUUCAAGGAUUAGCAUUGCAAAGUGAACAGGUCCUAGAAGGUGCACAAAAGACAUUGCUGUUAGCCAAUGAAAAAGUAGAAGAGUUCACCACAUUUGUGAAGGCUUUGGCCAAAGAGUUGCAAAAUGAUGUCCAUGUGGUAAGGCGACAAAUAAGAGAGCUUAAAAAAAUGAAGAAAAACAGGGACGCCUGUAAAACCUCAACCCAUAAAGCCCAGACCUUGGCAGCUUCUAUCCUGAAUAUUUCACGGUCAGAUUUAGAGGAAAUAUUAGACACAGAAGAUCAAGUGGAAAUUGAAAAAACAAAAAUUGAUGCUGAAAAUGACAAGGAAUGGAUGUUGUACAUUCAGAAACUUCUUGAAGGACAGCUUCCUUUUGCCUCAUAUUUACUAGAAGCAGUACUGGAAAAAAUAAAUGAAAAAAAGAAACUAGUUGAAGGAUAUUUCACAAUUAUGAAAGAUAUUAGAUGAUAUUAAAACGGAGAGCUUUAUUGCAAAUGUGAAAACUUUUUAUGUGGUGUGAUUGGAAUACACGCAUUGCAAUCCUGACACGGUAUCUGCUCCAACUAUCAAUAGUCAGGUUCAAUACCAAAAUAAGAAGUCUCUGAAAAUAAUUAAUUGCUGAACAAGUGAAACUAAUUAAGUACAUAGCCAUUUAAAAGGAAAUAGUGUAGCAUUUGAUGGUCGAAUACAAAUAUUGCCACAAAUCAGUGCAAACUUAAAAAUGAUUUUCCUUCUAGUGCAUUAAAAGAAACUGAGCAGGCUUGGUACACACAAAUUGGCCUGAGCAUAAGAAGAAAAAGUAUCAACUAAGGAUUUAAUGUUUUACGUUUCAUGAAGAAACUAGACUUUUUACAUAAAACUGCUAUAGAUGGCCAUAAGUGGUCCAGGGAGCAACAGAUUUGUAGUAUGAGCAAAUAUAAGAUGAAGCAUCAUAACUUGAGCAUUUAUUGAAAUAAAUUGUGUGGUCCAAUUGAAUCUGUUCUCAUUGAUGUGCUGGUUUAUGUAGGAGAUACUGUGUAUUUCUACAACUCUUUGGCAAAAACAAAAACAUUUUCUUCUUCUCUCUCUUAACUUGACAAUACUAUACGUUGUGUAGUCAUAUAAAUUUGCAGGGGACCACAAACCCAAUGUAUAAAAUUAGGCUCUAUUUAACAGAACUACUACUGUGGUCAACUAAUUAAAGUUACAUUCUUAACCAUGAUGUCAUCCUUAUUUAGAUUCCUGAACAUUCCCACCUCAUUUCACCUCUUCACCGUGUUCCUGCCAUACCCUUUUUGGUUCCUCUAAUUCACCAAACUGGUGCCUGCCUCCCACAUUUGCCCUUGGUCUUCUCUCUUUCUAGAAUACUCUGCACUCAACUUUCCUCAUGGCUGGCUCCUUGUCAUCAUUCAGGUCCACCUUCCCCGGUCCCUCAGAGACACAUUCUCUGACCAGCUUACUAUUUUAUUUCCUCAUAGCACAAAAUUAUCUAUCUGUUCAUGUAUUUGUUUUCUUGUUUAUUUUCUUCUUUUCCCUCUUUAGUAUGUAGGUCCCAUGAGAUUAAGGCAAGGGUUGGCAGAUUAUAGCCUGCAGGGCGAAUCUGGCCUGCCACCUGUUUUGUAUGGCCCACAAGCUAAGAAUGGUUUUUGCCUUAUUAAAUGGUUUUUAAAAAAUCAAAAGGAGAAUAAUAUUUUGUAGCAUGUGAAAAUUAUAUAAAAUUCAAAUUUUGGUGUCUGUUAAUAAAGUUUUAUUGGAA